AUGAUUUUUUACAAGCCUGGCAGAAGCUGUUCCUUCUCUCUGUGGCAUGACCCUUGGUGCAAUAGAGCACCCCUUGCUGCUCAAUUUGAUUAUAGUCUACUGUCUGCACUUGAGGCCACAGCUUCUGAUGAGGUGAAUUAUAUACAGGAGAAUGGACAGUGGAACCUUGGAGUUAGUACUCACUACCUGGUAAGAGAUCUAAGGAACCUUUGCAGUGCCAUUACCCCUACUGGUACUGAUACUAUUCUUUGGAAUGAUUGCUUUCAUUCAAGAGUAUCAAUUUCUGUGAUCUAUAAUGAUAUUGCUACUCAUAAAUCUCCCCCUCCUUGGCUGGAAUUUGUUUGGAACAUUUUUUCUGUCCCCAGAUAUGCAAUAUCUGCUUGGCUCAUUCUUCAACAGAGACUUCUUACUAAAGACAGAAUUCUUCGUUUUGGCAUGAUUGUUGACCCAACUUGUGUCUUGUGUGCUAGUGACUGUGAAUCUCAUUCUCAUAUUUUUUCUAACUGCCCAUAUACACACACUGUUCUAUCUGCUUGUCCUGUCCCGGUUUGUACUAGCUGGAAUGAUUUCACUACUGGCAGUUACAUUCGCAUUGGCUGUCCGAGAAUUACAAGAUUCAUUGCUGCUGCUUGGAAUGCUAUCUGGACUGAGAGAAACAAUCGAAUUUACAGGAAUGUUAGGCGCAACCCUGCUGAACUAAUUUCACUUGUUCGAGCUCAAGUUAGGGAAAAACUGUACUCCUGUCCUCAUUUCCGUAAAAGAGUCCAGGCUGAUCAAACCAUUAUGCUUCUGCUGUAUUGA